UGCGUCCUGUUGAGCUUGGGGGCGCGGUGCAUUAUGGGAAAAAAAGUUGUUUGGAAAUCAGUUGCAGGGUUGGUGAAAGAGCAGCGCACUACCUGGACUUUUCUUUAAAUUUAUACGAGGAGCAGACAUUGACCCUUAAUGUCUGGAAGGAAGAUGCCAAACUGUCCUGCUUCUGCCUCCGAGUGUUUCAGCUCCACUCCGGUCAAAACUAACCAGGCAAAAGACUACCACACAUCCAAGGGCUUAGACGACGGCGUCCUAUCCGACGAUGAAGACACCUUUUCUCUGCUGUCUCCCAUUUAUCAUGACAGUUUCGAUAGUGAUGAAGACCUGGAGCACAGCCCUGCUCAGGAGAAUUCACCAAGGCAGAGCGAAAACUCCAUUUCACCAAUCCGAUGUGAAUUACCAAGAACACCUUCAGAGCAGAUGUUGAAGUCAGCAGUGGAGACUGCAUGCUCACCUACUCUCAGUGCUUGGGAAGUAUGGCUGGUAAACAAAGCAAAAAAGGAACGCCUCAAGUCGGAAAAGAAAGCAGAUGAGGAGAAAUUACUAAAGGAAAAACAAGAACAAGAAAGAAGGGAGCAGAAACAAAAAAAGAUGGUAGUGGAAGAGAGAAUCCAUGAGUGGCUAAAGAUGAAAAGAGAACAGGAGAAGAACGAGCAUUGCCUAAAUCAGCGCAAAGAGGAAGAGGAGAUUCAAAGGCAGCAGGAUAAACAACGGGAGAUUGAACAGAAAGCUCAGCAGAAGUACAACGAGUGGCUCCAGAAGAAGAACCACAAGAAAAAGGAAAUGGAGAAGAAUGCAAAAGAGGAAGCUGCCCUGAAGGAGGAGCAGGAGAGAGAGCGCCGCAGGAGGGCAGAGGAGAAGUUUCAGGAAUGGCUGAUAAAAGCCAACAGAAAGGACACAGCAAGCCCCAAAUCACCUUGUUACACAACAGGUCCUUACGACAAAUUCCUCCCUUCACCAGGCUUUUACAAUCCGAUCCCAUGGAAGCCAAUUCAUGUCCCUACUCCUGAAACAUCACUAACAAAGUCAUCUGACAAGAAAAAUUCAAAACAAAGAAAAAGUCAACAAAGCCCCUGUCCCCCUUUUAGACUGAGAAACCCUGUGAGUACAGUACGGCUGCUGCAGGAAAGAUGACCCAGAAGAUGAAUGUCCAAUAGUGUGCAAAGCAGCUUAGAUACAUUAAAUAUGAUUGUAUCAUAUUCAUACCACUAACUACUGAGCUCCUCAAUGACAGAACUCUCUCAGUUUUCAAAUCGAUGUGUUUAAAAGAUAUACUCCCCCACUUAUGAUAUGAUUUGUUAUUUUUUCUGUGGUAUAUUGGAGCGGUUUUGUAACAAGGCACUGGCUCAAACUUGUUUGUACAUAAGCUUGUAUGAAUGAAAUAGCAAAAAUCUGUAGAUAAUUUUACAAAGAUGUAUAUCCGUUCAUCAACGUCUACCAUCAUUUCUGUCAUUGCUGUACAUUAAAAAGCCUGUAGUGUAUUUUUUUCAUCAGUUUGUAUGAAGAUAAAAUGUGACUCAUUU